UUGACCUCCGGUGGCAUGGCGGGCUUCGCGGCGAUGCUGCGGCUGAUCCGGGCCGGGACGCGGGCCUGGUUUCAGCCCGCGGGCUGCCGGGGCCUGAACUCGCUGACGGAAGGGUCGGCGCGGCCGGUGGAGCAGGCGGAGUCGUGGGCGAGCGCGGGUCUCCAGGUGCCCGUGUUGCGCAAGUGCGAGCUCCCGGUGCCCGCUCAUCGGUGCCUGGUGCAGGCCUGGGUCGAGUCCCUGCGGGGCUACGAGCAGGAGCGCGUGGGCCUGACCGAGCUGCACCCCGACGUGUUCGCCACCGCGCCCAGGCUGGACAUCUUGCAUCAGGUCGCCAUCUGGCAGAAGAACUUCAAGAGAAUUAGCUAUGCCAAGACCAAGACACGGGCCGAGGUGCGGGGUGGCGGCCGCAAGCCCUGGCCGCAGAAGGGCAGCGGCCGGGCCCGGCACGGCAGCAUCCGCUCCCCCAUCUGGCGAGGAGGAGGCGUCGCCCAUGGUCCCCGGGGCCCCACAAGCUACUACUACAUGCUGCCCAUGAAGGUGAGGGCCCUGGGCCUCAAGGUGGCGCUGACUGUCAAGCUGGCCCAGGACGACCUGCACGUUGUAGACUCCCUGGAGCUGCCGACCGCAGACCCCCGAUACCUGACAGAGCUGGCCCGUUACCGCCGCUGGGGGGACUCCGUGCUCCUCGUGGACUUAGCAUACGAAGAGAUGCCACAAAACGUUGUGGAGGCCACCUCCGGCCUCAAGACCUUCAACCUGAUCCCGGCCGUUGGUGAGUGA